GGGGGGAAGUUGCGGCGUAAGGAUAGUAGCCAGUAGGGGUGGUUUCCUUAAAUUCUUAUUUCCCUUAUUUACUUGGGUUUGUUUGUGCCUUUCGUCCUCUUGUGUGCGUACAUGUAUGUGUUAUGUGUGUAUACGGGGCGCUGGUCUCAGACACAGAGAGAGAGAGAGAGAGAGAGAGAGAGAGAGUGUGUGUGUGUGUGUGGUUUGUCCAUCUGAAUCUCUGAUCUGUGUUGGGUAGACAGAAGAAGAUAUAACACUUUACCUACCUUUAUUAUUUUCUUUUCUUUCUUGUUCUUGUAUAUCCUUCUUCCCUCUUCUACUUGCAUCUCACUGCUGCUGCUGCUACUCUCUUCUCUCCCUUACAAUGUCAGCGUUGUAGUCAGGGAUAGCAUUUCUCAACUUCUUCUCCUCUCUGCAACGCUAUCUACUUCGCUCCUGAUCCAACCAUGUCUUCCAGGCCCAAAUCUUCUUUAUCUGAACGUUCCAACAACAAAGCAUCACCAGCAACUCCAAGGGUUAGUAAAGUAAGCAGGGGAGGGACUAAAUCUGAUGCUGAUUCACCGUCUCCCCAGCAAAGCACACGCCUUUCCAUAGAACGUUCCCUGAGAUCUGUCAAUUCCAAGCCCACCGUAGAUAGACGGUCUUCCAAAAUAGCCGCCCCCCCUGAUAAACCAUCGACUCCGUUGCCAAAAGCGUCAGAAUUGCAGGCUCAAUUGCAUCUUGCUCAGGAAGAUCUUAAGAAGGCAAAGGAGAAAUUGGAUUUGGUUGAGAAAGAAAAGGCUCAAGCAACUGAAGAACUAAAAGAAGCCCAGAGAUUGGCUGAGGAAGCAAAUGAGAAACUCAGAGAGGCUUUGGUGGCUCAAAAGCGAGCUGAAGAGAAUUCUGAGAUUGAGAAGUUUAGGGCUGUUGAGAUGGAACAAGCCAGUAUUGAGGCGACUCAGAAAAAGGAAGAAGAGUGGCAGAAAGAGCUUGAAGCUGUCAGGAACCAACAUGCUCUGGAUGUGGCUGCUCUUCUCUCUGCCACCCAGGAGAUCCAAAGGGUUAAGCAAGAAUUGGUCAUGACCUGCGAUGCAAAGAACCUGGCCCUUAGCCAUGCUGAUGAUGCAACUAAGAUUGCUGAGAUUCAUGCCGAGAAAGUGGAGAUACUUUCUGCUGAACUGGCCCAGGUGAAGUCCAUGCUUGAUUCUAAGCUUGAAAUGGAGGUUACCGAGAACACCAGAUUGGUGUCUGAACUGAAUCUAGAAAUAGAGACUCUGAAACGAGAACUUGACAAGUUGAGAAAGUAUGAGGAAAUGUUGGUGGAGAAAGAGACUUCCAUUGAACAACUUAAUAUUGAGCUGGAGGCUGCAAAAAUGGCUGAAUCAUAUGCUCGAAAUUUGGUAGAGGAAUGGCAGAAGAAGGUUGAGGAUUUAGAGGCUCGUGCUGAGGAAGCAAAUCAAUUGGAGAGAUCGGCAUCAGAAUCACUGGAAUCAGUCAUGAAACAGCUAGAAGGAAGCAAUGACUUACUGCAUGAUGCCGAAUCUGAAAUUGCUUCUCUUAAAGAGAAGGCGAGUUUAUUGGAAAUAUCAAUUGGUCGACAGAGAGGCGAUCUUGAGGAAUCUGGACGCCGCCUUGACAUGGCUAAGGAAGAAGCUGCUGAAAUGGAAAAAAAGUUUGAUUAUCUGAAGUCUGAACUUGAAACGGUCAAGGAGGAGAGAACCCAAGCCUUGAACAAUGAGAAGCUUGCAGCGGCCAGUGUUCAAACCCUGCUGGAAGAGAAAAAUAAGCUCAUAAACGAAUUGGAAAAUUCCAGGGAUGAUGAAGAGAAAAGUAAGAAGGCAAUGGAAAGUUUGGCUGCAGCUUUAAGUGAAGUUUCUUUAGAAGCCAGAGAAGCCAAAGAAAAAUUGUUAUCUACUCAAGCAGAACAUGAAAUUUAUGAAGCCCAAAUAGAAGAUCUCAGGUUGGUAUUGAAGGCAACAAAUGAAAAGUAUGAAAUGAUGCUUGAUGAUGUGAAGCAUGAGAUUGACGUUCUAACUAGCUCAAUUGAACAAUCUAAGCAUGAACACCAGAACUCCAAGGCUGAAUGGGAGCAGAAAGAGCUUCAUUUGGCGAACUGUGUAAAGCAAUUAGAAGAUGAUAACUCCUCACGGGAAAAAGAAAUAAGCAGGCUGGUAAAUUUGCUAAAAGAGGCUGAGGAUGAAGCUUGCGCAAGGAAUGAGGAAGGAGCUCAAAUAAAGUCCACUCUGAAGGAAGCUGAGUCUGAGGUAGUUUAUUUGAAGGAAAUCAUUGGGGAAACAAAAGCUGAGAGCAUGAGAUUGAAGGAGAGUUUACUGGACAAAGAAAAUGAAUUACAGAGUGUUGUUCAGGAAAAUGAGGAGCUUCGAACAAGAGAGGCAGAUUCUCUGAAGAAGAUUGAGGAGUUGUCUAAAUUGCUUGAAGAAGCUACGGCCCAAAAGCAAGCUGAGGAAAAUGGUGAGCUUUCAGACAGUGAAAAAGAUUAUGACAUGCUCCCAAAAGUGGUUGAGUUCUCUGAGCAGAAUGGGGAUGGUAGAGAAGAGAAGCUGAAGCUAGAACUGAACGGCCAGCAAUGUGAGCAACCUGUAAAAGAAAAGUCCCAAACGGAGAAUAAUAUUUUACAUGAGGAGGAAGUUAGAACUGAUACUGCUAAAGUUGAGAAUUCUAAUGAAAAUUCAAAAGAUAAUGAAAGCAAAGAAAAAGAAGAAGAUUCGGUGGAGGUUGAUUUUAAGAUGUGGGAGAGCUGCAAGAUAGGAGAGAAAGACCUUGCACCUGAGGGAGAGCAAGAACAGGAAUCCUUUGAGGAGGAAGUAGACUCAAAGGUGGCCAAGGGUAGUGAGAGCUAUGACCAGACGAAUGGUUUGUCUUCAGCAGAAAAUGUUGACAAUGGUGGAACCUCACCAUCAAAACAGCAUCAGAAGAAGAAGAAGCCUUUUAUUCGCAAGUUUGGUAGCCUACUCAAGAAGAAGGGUACUAAUAACCAGAAGUAAUGGAGCAGUUGUGGCGUGGCUUGUAUGGCUAGAAGGCAGGUACAGUUGCAUUCAAUUGAGCACCUGAAUAUGUUCUCUGUGCUUUUCUACUUCCAAUUGCCAGAAUAGAAUCACAACAAAACAAAAAAGAGAUAAUUAAAAGGCAUGUAUCACUUUUAGAUUUCAUUCUCUGUGUCUAAAUGCUGUUCCUUUUUUGGGGAGCAUCUCAUAUGUGAUUGAGAUGCUUCCUCUUCCCCCCUCCCCUUCCCCCUGUUUUCUUCUUGUAUCUUUUUACAUUAAAUUUCUUGAAAAGGAGUGGUAACUUUGAAAAUGUACCUUUCUGAUGUUUUUUUCUCAUCUGUUUUAAGUGGAUAUAUUUUUGUUCAUUGUUUAA